AGGCGGCGGCGGGGAGAUGCCCGCCCCUCGCGCCGCGGGCCGCGGAGAGACGGAGGUUGCCAUUGGGCAGCUGUCAGUCGGAGCUCGCCUCCCAUUGGUUGGGCGCUGAGGGAGGGCCGCCGCCAUUGGGCGGGAGGGGAUGUAAACCCUCGCGGAGGAAUGGCCAAGUACAAACGUCGACGGAAAGCCAGAGCCAGAGCGAAAUGUCGCCUGACGGGGAAAGGAGGUGCUGCCAAACCCCCCGGCUCGGGCUGUGCCGCGCCGCAGUCAGCAGGUGAUCUUCCACUGGACCCAUCCUCUGUCCCAAGCCAUCCAUCCUCACGCUGGUCAAUAGCCUUGCCCAGUGUAAAAAACAUGGUAAAACCUCUUACAACAACGGUGUCAUUUCUGUAUUGCUGGUGCCAGAACACUGUUGCACAGAGUUUUAAGGUGGUUAAAGAAACAAUAUUUCCAUCACAAAUCUACUUAAGGGAGCUAAACACAUUCAGAGAGCAGCUGGAAAACUUGGAAACUGAAUUUUCCAGACUACAGGGAAUGCUCCAGACGAAUGGAGUUGUGACUUCAUCUUCAGAAAAUUCUAUUUGUCAAAAGUGCAAUAAAACAAUGCUGGGUGCUCCUGUACAAACGCAGACGGGCCCGCUGUCAUCCAUGUGCACGCCUCCUGCAGUACAGCUGCAGCCUGUGUCUGCACCCCCUCCACCUCCUCCUCCUCCACCACCACCACUGCCUCCACCAAAACUGCCUCCAGCACCUCUCCUCCUCAAACGGGGCAACGGCUCUAAAGCACUUCUGGAGCCAACACAAAAAAAGGAUGUGCCAAUGCAGAUCACUCUCAAAGAUCUCCUGAAUGUAAAACUUAAGAAGACGGAGAGCAACCUGAGAACGGACAAGGCAGGAUCACCAGUGAAGACACGCAGGGCGUUAAUUACAGUCUCAGAUUUACAAAGUAUUAGUCUGAGAUCUAAAUCCAAGCCAUCAGCUCACAUUACAAACUCCUUAACUAGUACCCCACCUAAAAAUCAGUUAGAUCUUCGAAAACAUCUUAAGAAGGUCAAUAUACAAAGAAGUCCGGGUGGCACUCCACUAAACAAUAAAGAAAACAUUGAGUGUGGGACCGGGUUGACACCAAUAAUGACACAGGCACUACGGCGCAAAUUUCAGAUGGCUCAUCCAAAAAGUCCUUCACCAGCCCGGUUGAGUGCUGCAAGCAGCUUUGAUGAACAGAAGUAGGUUUAUGGAAUAAUGUAUUUUUCGUUUGUGGUCAGGAAGCCACUUGAAUCCAAUUUUUAUGUUAUGCAGACAAUGAAUCUGUAAGUAAAUGCAGUACAUUUGAGAAGGGGGCAUUUUGAAAACACUCUAUCGGAAAUCUGCCUUUUUCAAAGGCAACAUAUUUCCAGUGUGUCUCAGACUGGUUCCAUCUUCUCUGAUAUUGGAAAAAAAAAGAGUGAAAUUUCCUGAGAGUUUUGAGACCUGGCUGCUACUGAAGCAGGGACUGUAACGUUCCUGGCAUUGAUUCUGCUUGUAAUAUAAAUGUGUGCUUGUUUAUUGAAAUUCAAUAUUGCUUUUACAUUUUUUUGUAACAAGGAUCUUGAUGGCAAUUAUGUAAAUUCAAAGAAAAGCAAUUAAGCAGUGUUAUUAAAGUGAGAGCCUACAACUUC